UUUUCUUACUCUUCGUUAGUAUAUAUAAGACUUUUCCAUAGCACGAUAUGUUGAGGACACAUUUGAAUUUAUCGAACACUUGUUACACUGGGUCGGAGUUUCAGGUGCUUGGAGCGAGUCUUACUCCAGGGCAGACCAAGACAGUGCUGAAAAAUAACAGCCAGUCCUUUGAUAAGAAAUAACAGAAGAAACACUGGAUAUUUACACAGGGAAAUACCGUGACCCGCCAAUGGAUCAAUUCGUGAGUCUACCCCUUUAACGGAAAGCAUGGUCUACGCCAAGGUGGUGAAAUAGGGCCUGUGGAUUAAAAUCUGAUUCCUGCGACACGUGCGUGGAGAAAUUUUAUUGGUACAUGGAUAUAUGCACGGUUUCAAAAUGAAGGAGAUUGUAUGCUGUGAUUUAUUCAAAUGGAUCUUGUUUUUUUCUUUAUUUAUUUCGCUGACCAGUGGUCAGAUUCUUUUAUCUAAACGGGAAUUAAGUGUGAGGAUUGGCCGAAGUGUGUAUUUUCGUCGAGAUGACCUCAAGUUUGGUCGGACGGAAUCCAAUGGAGACUGUCGCGUUCAGGUUGUCCAAAAUGACCCCAUCACUAUGAGAGUCGGCCGAGUUGAACCGGAGAUCUUUGACUGUGACUACUUACCCAAUACCAUCAAAUAUACACACAGUGGGUCGCCGUUACUGAGAGAGGAUACCGUCAAGCUAACUGUCUACCGGUUUACGCCGACUGUGACCGAGUCCGAGACUUUCUACAUGCACGUUGAAAUCGUUAAUGCUACAAGUAGAGUCGUGUUGACCCGAGGAUUACGGUCAGUAGUGGUCCCCGAAUUUAACGGAAUUUCAAACACCAUUAAUGCUUCUGUCAUUCGGUUCUACCACAGCGGAAUUCAAAAUGUUACUUGUGAGGUGUCCUUCUCUAAGUAUAAAUCACAAUGGCCCAUUGCUGGACAAAUUGUUAUCGGUGAGACAAGGGAAAGUGUGAAUGCAAUAAAGCGAACCUGCCGAGAAUUCAUGUACAUGCAUCUCCACUAUGAACACUUAAGAGGACCAAGUCCGGAUGUGGAUUAUCUCCCUUUGACGGUUGAACUAAAUGACCCGUCACUAAGCGAGGAGACGAUAAUUGAGAGUUACUUCUUGCCUAUACACAUCAAAGGUGCUAUCCCCAAUACUCCGCCUCGUUCGUCCUUCAUGAGUAUGUACAUGAUGGAUGUUGAUCAGUUUGUACUGUCAACAAUAAUCCCGGGUGUGAUAGCAGCAGAGGACUACGAAACACCUAAUGAUAAACUUAUUUACAACAUUAGUCGACCACCAGCAGAGGACGAGGGCUUCUUUGUAAGCCUGGAUGACCACACAACAAUAAUCACGUCGUUUAAGCAAGAAGACUUGGAAAAUCAUAGAAUCGCCUACCAACCACCAGAUUCUAGUAUCAACACAAACAAACGGGUUUACGAGGCAGAAUUUGUGGUUUUUGAUAGCCAUUUUUCUGAGAGUAUGCCGAUUACACUUCAUCUGGCUGUUCGAGCGUCUGCAACGAACGCACCGCGUGUGUCUUUUAACAAGGGACUUGUCCUUCUUGAAGGUCAAUCACGAGCUAUCACCACGGACGAUUUACAGAUCGUGGACAGAGACAACCUGAACCGGGUUAGGUUGUAUGUUACAGGCGGACUGAAGUAUGGUAGGCUCGAGAUCAAUGGCCGCCGCGCAAUCGCAAUCACCAUGCAGGAUAUCCAGAGGAGAUCUGUGAUUUAUUACCAUGACGACAGUGACACGACCAAGGACUUUAUUGCUUUCCGAAUCAGUGACGGCGUCAACACAGUUCUUGUGAACUUCCCCAUCACUAUUAUCCCGAAAGACGACAGCCCACCUUACAUCAUCAACAAUGUGGACAUGGACAUCAAUGAGGGCGAUACGAAACCAUUCACUACGGAAUUGCUGCUAGCUCACGACACCGACUCUGUUGACAGGAACAUAGUUUUCAUUAUCACACAUCCACCUAAAGCAGGGGAGAUCAUCCGUAGACUGAGACCCGGAGACACGGGGACAAGAAUAAACAAGUUUGUACAAAGAGAUCUGUUGAAAGGACAAAUUUAUUAUCAUCAUUUUGGUCAUGAAGUAUUUGCCGAUUCUUUUCAAUUCAAAGUUCGAGAUCAUGAAGACCCUCCCAAUAGAUCAGUAAUUGAAACAUUCCACAUCACAAUAAAUCCAGUCCACGAAAAUCCGCCACAACUGGCUCCACAAGCGACGAGAUUGAUCCAUGUGUCGGAGACUGAUGUUGCCUACAUCACUAAGGCGGAGCUGGAGUACACCGAUGUCGAAACAGAAAAUAACGAACUAACGUAUAUCAUAACAUCGCCGCCAUUCUUUGUUUACAAUUCCGGUUUCGAAGACGCCGGACGACUUAUCGAGACGCAUAAUUUGACAAUGGUAUCUAAGAACGCCUCUAUCCCUGCAGUGCAGACUUUCAAACAAGCCGAUAUCAACCAUAUGAAAAUUGCCUACAUGCCUCCUCUGGAUGACAUUGGUCCAGAAGCAAGACUUGUGAGAUUUGUAUACACUGUACAAGAUUCUAGCGGAAACCAAGUGCUCGGACAAUAUUUUGAAAUUGAUGUUCAACCUGUCAAUAACCAACCGCCAGCUUUUGUUACCAGCAAACUUCUUGUUGAGGAGAGCGGCAUUUUGGGCCUGUCAGUAAAUCAGUUAUCGGCUACAGAUUCUGAUACUCGGGACUCUGAUCUCGAGUUUAUCCUAGAUGAAGUGCCAAAUUUCGGGGUAUUACAGAAAGGAGGGAUAACUCUCAACGAAGGAGGAACAUUCCAGAUACAGGACUUAAGGAGUAAGAAUGUCAGGUAUAUCCAUGAUGGAGCAGAGGGUACGCAGGAUACCUUUACGUUAACGCUGUCAGAUAAUGAUAACAGGGUUACCAAAGUGUUUUCCGUGGAAAUCGUACCACUGGACGACCAAGCACCCCAACUCCGCGACAACCUACGGCCACGACUAAUCGUGUCCGAGGGGAGCGAGGUGGUUAUAUCUCCUCAGGUCCUUUCAGCCACUGAUGACGACACAAAUGACAACGAGCUCGUGUUCCUUAUUGUCAAACAGCCAAAAUACGGGAUCCUUCGUCUGGAUGAUCGACCCACAGUAAAGUUCACUCAACAAGACGUGGAAAACAGGAUGGUGAAGUAUAUUCACACUGGAGGAGAGAUCGGUACGACGGUUCUGAAAGAUUCCAUGACGCUUAUAGUAUCAGACCAAAGGUACAUGGGUACCGCAGACCUACCAUACUAUGACUUAAACAUUACGAUAACACCUGUCGACAACUCUCGCCCCACUAUCAUCACUGGCGAGCAGGUACAUGUGGCUGAAGGAGGUAGUUUCGAGAUUGUACCCGACGUCUUGACAGCCAAGGAUCCGGAUACUCCUCCAGAGGACAUCCAGUUCUUCAUAGUCAAUCAGCCACAAUGGGGAUAUAUAGAAAAUGUAAAACCGAGUCCAGGGUCUGAGAAAAGUAACACCGGAAGACGCAUUAUGUCAUUUAAACUUCAGGAUGUGAUUGACGAGACUAUCAGCUAUGUUCAGGCGACUCAUAGAGGCGUGGAACCAGUUUAUGACGAAUUCACGUUGUACGCUACAGACGGAACACUUAAAUCGGAAGAGGCGACGUUUGUGAUUCGGAUAGAUCCGCAAAACGACGAGGUGCCUGAUUUAAUGAUACAGGAUAUGCAUCUUAAUGAAGGGGACAGUAUGCUUAUUGACCAGACAAUGAUAGAUGCGAUUGAUAUGGACAUGCCUAAGGACCCAAUCACCUUGUCCAUAUCGCAGGAGCCCGAACACGGGGAUAUAGUAGUAUUGCUACAUACACAGAACGGCAACAUUGAAUCAGCUGUUCAGGACUUCACAAUUGAUGAACUUCACAGCGGCAUGCAACUGAAAUAUAGACACGAUCAUUCGGAGAAUUUUAGGGAUAGAUUUGCGGUGACGGUGUCGGAUGGACGAUACGAGGUGAAAAGGAUAUGCAACAUAACAAUAACUCCAAUUAAUGACGAGGUUCCUGAGGUCACGAAGAACGCCGGCCUGCAGAUCGAGUAUGGCGACUACGGGCUCAUCUCUAGCAUUGUCUUACAGUCUAUAGACCCAGAUAACAGCGAGAACGAGGUUUAUUAUGUUCUGGCCACAGUACCGAGGAAGGGAUUCCUGCAGUUCUGUACCGAUCCGUUUACACCUGCGAGGUCAUCUGAGUGCGAAGAUAUGUCGGAAAGGAUGAACUUUACACAGCAUGAUAUCGAUAUGAACAGGAUCCGGUAUAUCCAUACAAGUAGUAUGGGCAAUGCUGAAACUGACAGCUUCCAAUUUAUGUUAACAGACGGUAUCAACAACAGGCAAAUUGAAACAUUUGAAAUUCUUAUAAGAAACUCGAUGAAAACGAACCUGGCAUUACUUAACAAAGGAUUAGACGUGAGAGAAGGGGACAAAACCGUUAUCGCUACAACAUGUUUAAGUGCGACGGAUGAAAGUACAAAAGUUGACGAAAUAGUUUUCGCCAUUAUUCGACCACCUAUUCUAGGACAGAUAGAGUACAUAGACAGACCAUUGGUUAGUAUAAGUAGCUUCACACAAAUGGACCUUGCUGCUCAGAGAAUCGUAUAUAACCAUUUAACCAAGAGUGACAUCACAGAUGAUUCGUUUACUUUCACCGUCACCAAUGGCUUGAGCGAGGCCAAAGAUGGCGAAUUCAGGAUCAACAUUGAACCACUGGACCGAGUUCUUCCUUCUUUAAUCACAAAUAAUCUUAUAGAGGUGGUACAAGGUGGAGAGGUCAUAUUAUCGCAAAAUCUUCUGAGAGCUCAAGAUCCAGACACGGCAGAUAUGAACGUUACCUACUUAUUGGCGAAACCUCCAACCUUCGGUCUGCUGUAUAACCGCGGGAUUGUCAUAACCCAGUCCUUCACACAACUAGACAUAGAAAGAGGACAUGUCGUGUAUGAAAGUUACGGCUCACAUGCCGGUUUGGACAAUUUCUUAUUCAGUCUAAGUGACGGAAAACACAGCGGGUUCCUCGUUAACGGUAGUUUACAGCUCACACCUGUCAUUUGUAGCGUUUUUGUAAAGCCCAUCGCUAACGAUGCCCCGAAAUUAUUGGUCUCAAAUCAUCCCGAAGUCCUCGAACAUUUUGGAAAAGGGAAAUACGGAUUCCGUUUGAAUAAUCGAAAUUUAAAGGUAGUGGAUUCUGACACAGACAACGAGAACUUGAUGUACAUUAUGACGAAACGACCACUACACGGGCAAAUCGAAAAUACAGCGACAAAGCGUUACAUACGACGAAAGUUUUCACAAGAGGACUUGAACGAUAAUGACCUACGCUAUGUACUAAACUCAAGGACAAGGGCCACAAAUGAUUCCUUUAUGUUCCGUGUGAUGGACUCGAGAGGCAACACCCUGGAUAACCAAGUUUUCUCUCUGAAAUGGUCGAUCGUUAGUUUUACCCAGACCCGCAUGAUAGUUUGUGAGAAUAUCGGUACACUAAGCAUUGGCCUGGUGCGACAGGGGGCGAUAGACCAGAUGGCUUUUGUCGGCAUCAAGGUAUUCGACAUGUCGGCUAAGAAUGGACAAGACUUCAUUCCAAGUACUGCCCAACAGGUCCAGUUCAACCCAGGUGUGGCCAGGGCCUCUUGGGACGUUUUGAUACCUGACGAUAAUUUAUUGGAGAAUACAGAGAAGUUCCGAAUCGCCCUUGAAGAACCAGUCAAUGCUGUGCUAGGGAAGAGCAGUAAAGCCAGUGUCCGUAUCAUUAAUGCCGACAAUGGAGAGUGCCCCCAGUAUUUUGGCAUGAUUAGCAAACACAACAUUGACAGUAACGACGGAUUCUUGCUCCCCGGAAGUGACGUCAAUGCAGAAACGGAAAGGGUUGUCUCUUUUCAUAAUAUCAAUCCGAUCGACACUUCUAGUCCAUUUGAUAAUACUUACAACACUGACCCAGCACAAACGUUAUCCUCGUCAGCGGCGAGAUCGUCAGUACCGAAAUCGAGGUCGUCACAACAACAUGCUGGCACACAAAAUAAUAACAAUGAAAACGAAACAGUAACAACAAAGAGGAAAGGAAGGAAAGGAAAAAGGAGGAGUAGAUCUAAAAAGAGGAGGAGGAACGGAAAUCUGAAGAAAUCAAAAAGGAAUAAACAAAGUCAACAAACAUCUAAUCAACAAACACAAGAUCCAGAAUCGAUAUUCACUAACCUACCGGCUGCUUCACAGAAAAUUCAGGCACCACAGAUUUGCGCCAAGAGCACCAAAGGCUUGCUUCACUUCGAUGAGUUCGCACAGAGAAUGUACAAAUGUGAUGGCGCCAGUUGGAAAUCAUGGAACCCGGACUCGAACCAAGAUCAACCGGAGCAAGCAACCAGAUGUCAACAAGGUUGGUCCGAGUAUGACGGAAGAUGCUACAAGUUUUUCGAAAAUAAAAUGUCCUGGGAAGCUUCCGAACAUCAUUGCCAGGGAUCACACAGCUCUCAUCUUACGAGUGUCCGUUCCAAACGUCAUUACAAAUGGCUGCUCAAGCUUGUCGGCAAAAACUCAUUCUGGAUAGGACUAAACGACAAAGCAAAUGCCAAGAUAUGGAGAUAUGUGAAUGGUGAGCCUCUGGGCUUCACGCGCUGGGCACGUGGUCGGCCGCGAAUCAGAAGGACGGUACAUCGUAAGAACUGUGUACUGGUCAACACUAGAAGGAAAUGGAAAAACAAACUAUGUGAUAAAACAUCCAAAAGAUUCAUAUGCGAACAAUUUAUAUCUUCAUCUUCUUCACAAUCGUCAUCUAUAACGUCAUUGCGAACAAAUCCUAAACGUCACAUAUCUCGAGGAGGACGGCGGAAUAGGAAAUCGAGGGGCUUCCUAAACCAGUUUUCAAAUUAAACUGAUUUUGUUUUAGGUUUUAGUAUGUACUUUUGUAAAGAAGAAUAUGUACUGUUCUAGGAGAAACGUGUGUACAAGAUACGCAAUAUUUUGCAACUCGGUUAUUGAAAGGGAUAUGUUUGUAGAUGACUUCGGCAAUGACUAUAUGUAGUUGGAAUCUGCGGGCCUCCUGAAAAGGAUGCAUCUUUAUAUGGACCUAAGUGAUGAAUGAUAGGACACAAAGUCUUACAUACAUCAGUAAGAUUAUACGUCCCUGUGGACAUUCAUAACCAAAGUGUUCAUAUUUACUUGGAAAGGAAACAUUCUUCAAAGUCUAUCAUUACAAGAUGCGGUUUGUUGUGUUGCCGAAAAGCAGGAAAAACAUGUCCUGAAUUAUUUUACCAGGAGGCAAAAAUCUGUAUUGUGUGUGAUGUGCAUGGACUCGUGCGAUUCACAGAAUCGCGAAGGUAUACUUCAUUUGCGAGGUACUAUUACCAGUGCUUAUAAGUCACUGCGGUGUUAAUGAAGGUGUUCUCUCUUUUGCUUAAAUAAUUAACUUCCAUUCUCAGGAUUUUACUAUUAAGAGAGAACGUCUAUAGACAACUUAACACUGACUUAUCGUUGGAAGCAGGAACUUGAUAGCUGACGUUAAUGAUUUGUGCAAUCGAUAAGAAAAAACAAUGGAUUUUCCACAAGGUGUAAACAUCCUUCCCCAAGGCUGAUGAGCAUAUUGAAGGACGUUUCUUUUUUACGCUUUCAGAAUUCUGGUUAAGUAAAUCCGCCAACGGGGAUGAAAGUAAGACGAAAGUCUUGUGCAAUGUUACACAGAACAAGUGUUUCAACAUAAGGGAGACGUUCAUUGCGUAACUUCUCUUCUAGGCCAGACAUUUAUCCGGGCAGGAGCGUUGAGUGACCUUCGUGUGAGUCGACUCGGGCCUUUCAACGGUCAGUGAAACAUGGCUGUACGAUGCCGUGCCGCAAUACUUCUGAUACCCUGUACGGACUUGCUAAGAUCGAAACACUUUUAUUUUAAACAUUUAUAACCUCAUUUUAAGGAUGUAUAUAUUAUAUUUUCGAUCCGUAAACUAAUUUACGGAGUCGGGCUGACGGUAGAUAACUCGUGUUAUGUAUGAUGACAAAAUCGUACAUUUUCUCCACUCUGAAUCUGUCGUUCGCUAGCCAGUAGGCGGAUGUGUGUCUUGGGCUGCUAGCUAGUACUUGUACUUCAUUUAAUUUAUGACGCAAUAUAUCAACUCAAUAUUCAUUAUACUCUAUAAAUCUGUAUGCUAAUGUGUUCAACUUUUUCAUUUUCUGAAUUAAUCAAAUUUUCUAAUCAAUAAUUUAUUUAAUCAGGUAUUCUCAGGUUUUUCUUUAAAGUAAAACAAUAGAUAUUUCAAAUUAAAAUAGGUUAUUCUUUACAAUGAUGAUAUGAGAAUGUGUCGACGACAAGAUUGUCAGUAAAUUAGUUCUAAGAUAUGAAAAAAACGUAUUUUACCUAUUUACAUCAAUCAGCAAAUGGUUCACUUCAAGUAAUAUCAAUUUAAUUAUUAGAUGGUAAAACCAUCGCUAAUUGGAACAGGAAAUCGCUUAUCACAAAGGUCAACAGAACUUAAUUAGCCUUUUUAUCACCCAAAGAACGUCAUGUCGAAUUUCAAUUUCAUUAAUAAGAACAAUUUGGGGAUAUAUAUCCCUUGCAUAUUUUUCGAUAUAACGAAUUCCUCUUUAGCUGUAUUUCCAGUAAUACGAAUGACGGUCAUCAUGUACUUGUCCGGAUUACUGAAUCAAACAGUGGCAUUUCUGAUAAAUGUGGUCUCGUGUAGCUACCGCAUUUCAUGUGAAAAGGUAUUUUAUUAAGACUUUUUGUGCAAUGUUUUAUUUUUCAGUGAGCCCUUUUUAGCAGCAGUUAUGUGAUAAACGCCGUGAGAAUCAGAAUAGUUUUCUGGUAUACUUUGAUGAUGCUUUGUUCCAGUUUUAUGGACGUAAGGUAUACUUAUGAAUAUAUAUAUAUAUAUGAACAGUUUUGUCUUUUAACAAAAACAAUAGUAAGUGUUUUGAUGUACGUCAGUUGUUGAUGUUCAUUGUUUCUGAUGGUUGGAAAUAUGUGUACUCAAAUACAACAGUUACAAAUUUAUCUUCGAAAUCAGUCAUUAUGAAAUAAUCUUUAAAAAUGACAAAUGUCCCUUAAAACAUAUUAUCAGGAUGCAUAUUGCAUCUCUAAAUAGUGCUGUAUUUGUGUAACAGUUGAUGAAAGUGUGAUGAUGGAUAAACUGUGUUACAUGAUAAGAUGUUGUUAACAUGCUUUUGAUUUCUGAUGUAUGUCUUUGACAAAAGACCCCCUUAACGCCAGUUAAAACAUAUAAUGAUGAUAAAUAAAUAAACGGACAACUGUCUUUUCUUCUUUAAAAAUCAUGUAUUCAGCUUAUGUGAUAAUUUCCUCCGCGACAAUCCUGAUGUCUGUUUUUGUUGGUUUUUUCUGUUUUUUUCCACCACAAAACAAUCCUACAGAAAGAUCGAUAACUUAAUCAAUCUAUGAAUUCCAUGUCAAACAAAAAUAAUCUUAUUAUCUUUUGACUGCUUGUAACCUAAAAUUUCGAUAUUAAAAGCAACAAAUCGGCACAACAAUUAGAAAGUGAUUUAUUUCUUGUCCAUUGUAUUUUAAUCGGUUUGCUAAUACCACAGUUUGAAAUUAAGAAUGCUGGUUCUGAAAAGACAAACCACCAACGAUAGAAUACAGUGUUUAAUUUCCCAGGAAGAUCUUGGCAUAGAAAGCAGAUAUUCAUGUACACUAAUUUUUACCUCGAUUAAAAUAGAGCAAACCUCGUCUAAUUUAAGUCCCAUAUGCAUUUAAAUACUUUAUGUGAAAGUAGAUUAAUAAAUGCAAACACUCUUAUAAAUAUUCAGUUUUUCUCCAAUCCUUAUCCAUCAAUUACCCCAUCAAUACAGAAACCCGUGAAUAAAGAUUUAUUUGACAUGCUAGUGACAUUAGUGUGUUUGUGACGACACGAAAAUAUAUGUAUUUAAGCUGUAGUUAAAUAUUCACGAGAUAUAUGGGAUCCAUCAUAUAUUUUUGACAAAACGUAAACGGAAUUUGCAUGAGUUACAUUUAUGUUUACAUUCAAUGUCUUUUCUGUAUAUAAAAAUGAUGUAAUAUAUAUAUAUAUAUAUAUUUUCACGUGAAACAAAUGUAUUUAAUGUAUAAAAUUGCUACUGAAGAAUGUAUAUUAUUGUGAAAAGUUAAAUAUCGCGUAUUAAAAUACUUAUCAUUGUUGUUGUUUAUAUUUGUCAAAUAUGUCGAUUUGUUUACAAUGCAUCAUGUUGCUUACAGAUAUUCAAUUAAAUAAAUCUACAUUUUCAAACAA